AUGAAAUUCUUAAAUCUAUUCAGUAAUUCUAAAAAGAAGGAAAUUCUUAAAGAUGAAUCGUGUGUAUCCGAAACAUCACCUUCAACCUCGCCAAAAAAUAUAACUAAUACACUGGACAGUAGCCAUUUCGAUACGAUGUGUAGAGAUUACUUCCCAAAAGCAACCAUUUCCAAGUCCUCGGGAUAUAAAUUAAGAAAAGCUGCAUCCUAUUCCAUAGACGAUGAAGAUGACGAAGAGAGAGUAUGCACUUUUGGCAUGGGAAGUGUUCUAGUUGGUUGUUUCGAUAGCUAUGCAAACCACAAUGUAUCACGAUAA